CAUCUACGAUAUAUUUUAUUUGAUUUUCUUAAGAACUAUUCUAUAUUUAUCUGUAUAUAGUUCUUUAAUUACAUGUUAAUCAAGAAAGAAUAUUUUUAUAUGUUCGAACUCGAGUUAUUAGUUGUCUUUUGAAUUGAAAUGGAAUAUGUGUGUACAAACUUAAGACAAAUGACCUCAAAAGACUUGCAAAACAAGAACAAAGAACUCAACGAAAAGAGAAACCGGAUUAAGAAAUCCAUACCGGGCACAAAUACAACUGUUCCAUCUACAGAGGAAUGCACCAGUAGUUUAUCAUCGUCAACAACAUCAACAUUUUCAUUAGGCUGCUCAUGUGUAGGAGACAAACACUUUACAGUUAUAGUCACACCUUGUUUGGUUGGUGUUGAGAUCAUCAUAAGUUGUUGCCUCGGACGAAGCAAGUCUUGUCUCUCGAGUGUUCUUCAAAUAUUGGCUCAAGAACAAAGGCUCGGUAUAGUUAGUUGCCUUUCAACUAGACUGCAACAGAGAUUCAUGCACACCAUUGUUUCUCAGGUGGAGGAUAGCAAACAGAUCAAUACUUUGGAGCUCAGAGAUAAAAUAGUGAAUAUGAUGUAGCAUACACAAGAUGAUAAAAAGUUACGUUUCAGAAAGACAAAAAGAAAAAAACUUAAUAUGAAAAAUAACAUUUUCGUGAUUUGAAAUUUGGAGUUUUUAAUGUAUACUUUAUAUUGUUUGAGUUUUUUUUUUUUUUUUGAAAGAAAAUAUUGUUUGAGUUUGUUAAGUGUUUCCGCUUACUGUGAGUGCUUAGAGUUAAUAUUACUUAAUGCUUGUUUUUCUUGGCAUUCACUGUUUUUCUUGGCAUCCCAAAAGAUUAUUCCAAACAGAUAAUUCAAACAGAAUAAUCUUUUGCUCAAACGUCAAUAUAUUUUUCUGUUUGAGUUAUAAUUAAAUAUCUAACUUAUUGUUAAA